GGAGAUGAGGACAGCGACCGUGAGAGGAAGACACGGCACAGAAGAGAGAGGAGCGAAGCCUGGCUCGGAAUUAACCUCGGCCGGACUGUCUUCGCGUGGGUCGAACGCGGUCCUGUGUUCGCGCGGCGCAGGAAGUCAGACGAGGGGUAAGAGACGAGGAGCUGCCGCUGCUCUCCACAGGACCGUCACCGGGGCCGACCCGCCCGGGGGGAACCCAUCCAUGUCCUUCCCUUUGUCCCUCCAUACUUGGCCACGGCAGGUUUCUCUCGGCUGGCGACGUGGAGAUCUGAACAAGAGAAGGAAAAAGUGACAGAGGAAGAGAGCGAGGAAGAGAAAGGGAGGGGGGAGGGAGGGAGGGGAGGGAGGGGAGGGGGCGCGUUCGAAACAAUGUUUUGACGAGGAGACAAAGCAGAGCAGCUGUGGCGCGUGCUCCGCCAGAGGUUCACGACCGACACAUCCUGGAUGUUGGAGGAUAAUCAUCUCUUUUUUUUUGUUGUUGUCAGUGACAUUGGUGUCUUUUUCAUCCUCCACCUCCAAGGUUAAUCUCCAAGACGGGGUUUCUUUGUCCUGCAGAAGGGGGUGUCCAAGAAUCUCAAGGUGGAUGUUUGCUUUAGUACAUUGUCAUCAUCAUCAUCAUCCUCAUCAUUAUCAUCAUCAUCAUCACCACUGCUGACUGAAUAAUCACUGUUCAGUUGAGCAGCUCGGUGUCCUCUUGAGGAGCUGGACCCUCUCAUCAGGUCUGCUCACUCCAGACCACAAGGAGAUAUAUCACUUGAACUUCAAAGGUUCAGUCUCUUUUAUCUAAAAAAAAAGAAGAAGAGUUUUGUGGAAAAUCAGAAUUUGUGAUAUUGGAGAGGUCACAAACCCCUGCGACCUUUUCUGGCUUUGCCAUCUGAACACCUGCACAUUUAAUGCAUCCUGUCAAAUGGUGUAACGGGUGUCUGUGUGACGUUGGACUGCAGAACUCCAAACUCCACUGCAAGAUGACAUCCGAGGAGCUCUUCCACCUGCCGCUCAACAUCUACAUCAUCAUCCUGAGCAUCGGCCUCUUUGUCCUCAUGCUCAGCCUCAUCUUCUGCUGCUAUCUCUUCAGACUGAGGCGACAAGGUGCAAGAGAACAGUAUGGCUACAAUGAGGUUGUUUUGAAAGGAGCGGGGAAGAAACUGAGCCUUCUUGGUCAAACAUGUGCCGUGUGUUUGGACGAGUUCCGCAGCAGGGAAGAGCUCGGGGUUUGCCCAUGUUCGCAUGCUUUUCACAAGAAGUGUCUGCUAAAAUGGUUAGAGAUCCGCAGUGUCUGCCCCAUGUGCAACAAGCCCAUCUGUCGCCUCCAGCCUGGCCCGCCACAAGCCUCCGACCGGCGGCAAAGCCUCCUGGAGGUCUGAGAGGGGGAACGUAUGUCCGGCAGCACCUCAGUCGACACGAGUCCCUGUCGAGGGUCCUCUUUCACUGCCCGGCAGACUGUCAUUUGAGUUCAAUGUUUUGAGGCAGAGCUACCGUGGAAGAAGAAACGUUAUAACUCGUAAGUACUGAACCAAAGAACCUACCAGCCAAAGUAUCUAAUGGGACAAUGGUAGAGACUUUUCACUGAUAACCAGAUUAAGGCUUACUAGCCUACAUACUGCAAUUUACAGUACCCUACCUAGGCUAUGCUAAAGCACAAGUGCCUUAAUAAAGCUGCAGAUCCUCUGAAGGCCACUGCAUUCUAAUUCAAACUGGGUAGAUGGAUGUUAACCAGCUAAUUCCAGUUUAUACUAUAUGUGAGUAUUGGUGGCAGUCUUUAAACUGUUUCAUUGGCCGGACUUUGACUUAAGGGGAGCCGUGUUUUUUUCAAUUUUAUUCGUUUGUCGGGAUGAAACUUUUUUUUUUUUUUUAUCUGCAAAGAUUGACAGUCAUCCAGGUCAUGGUUAUCCGUGGGAUCUGGUUGUAGACACUGGAAGACGGUUCACCUCUCGUCCAAGAGGCGUGUUCAGUUUUGACUGACUGACUGACCCCAGGUAUCUGACCCGGGGGGGGGGGGUAUCAGACGUCACUUGGUUCGUUGGUGCCCCUGGCUGUUGUAACAACAGUUGUUACAGCUGUUGUUACAACAGUUGUAACAACAGUUGUUACAGCUGUUGGAGUCGAAGUGUUAACAACCAUCAGUUUUCACCUGAGGCGUCUAAAAUAUGUUGAUUGUUAUCAUUGAAGGAGUGUCCCUUAUUUUUUAAGGUGUAGGUAAACGGACAUGAGGAGUUGGCCCUCCUGGCCCUCCUGUGUGGAGCCAUGCGUUUGUUUAAUGGUUAUUUACUUACAAUGACGUGUACUUUCCUCGCAGCAUUGUACUGCAUGUAAAUGCAAGUGAUUCCAAAUGGUUCACUUACUUUUUUCCUGCCACUGUAUUCAAGGGGCGAGUGGAGUCAGAUAAUGUACUAACAGCUUUAGAAAAUGUCCUUCUAAUCCACACAAACAGCAUUUUGGGAAUGUUGGAUGUGUAGUGUCACUUCUGUAACUCUGCUAAUUAGAUUAUUUCUGCCUCCAGAGCAGCUCUGCCUCUGAGACAUGACAGGGUUUUUUUUUUCAGUUUGCCCCAUAAUUAUAUUCAGCUCCACAUGAAUAUGAUGUGUCUUGGUCUUGGAAAGAGGAAGACUCAACCACCAGACAGCACCAGCUUCGAAGACAUCAGAACCACCUUUGCCCUAGAUUUGAUGAGGAAUGAGAGAUGUUGACCUCUUUUACAAUCAAAAUGACCAGACAUAAUUAAGCGAAACAGGACCAUUGCAAACUCAACAAGAUUCAGUGGUGUGUGUGAGUGUUUUGGCUGUGCCGUAAUCUUUCAUUGUGUCACAAUCAAUCGGCUCCAUCCCACAGUGUGUUGCCAAGCUGAAGGAAGCGAGUGACGCCCUAAAGACAAAACAGUUGAAUCAUGUGGGAGCUGAUAUUAAAGACAAUUACUCGCAUGCUUGUUCAACUACAAUGAAAAGGUCAGAGGUGACCUCACCUCAAAAAUUACACAUAUAAAAUAUAUACAUGGUUUUCAAGUUAUUUUAAAGAAAUGUUUUGAAUCUUAUCUGGCUGUCAAUAAAGGCUAUUUAGUAUGUCAGCUAAAACACUUUGACAUUUGUCAAACCAUUGGAUGCCAUCGAUGCCAAUGAGACUGAAAUGAACCGAGCAUUCAUUCAUGUCUAAGAACUGUUCUGUACUGUGGUGAUAUAAAUAGACACACUGCACUGAUAUGAAGAACCUGUAUGAGCUGGUUUCUUGUCUGACUGAGGGGGUGCCCCACGAACACCAUUCUCUAUGUGUACCAUGGAACAUAGUAUGAGCACUGUGUAAAUUGUAAAUGCUUUUUAAAUCCGCUGACUUAUGAAAAUAAAUAUAUCUAGUGUUUUGUUAGGGUCA